AUGUUUCUAUUCCUGCCCAUUCUCUGCGGCAUAAGUCAUUUCGAUAAAGAAUACGACCAAACCCCUGCACACAAUAACAUAUACUGUCCGAAUUGCCACAAUUUCAGUGUGAGACCCAUCAAACGAAGAGAAUUCUUCGCGGUGUAUUGGGUCCCCAUAGUACCACUGUACUGGGGGAAGCAACUACAUUGUCCCAUCUGCAAUUGGAGACAGGAUUUCAAGAAUCAAGCUGAAUUGGACAAAGUGCUGACGGAGCAGAACAAUAUCAAACGGAACUAA